CCUGUAGCCUUUGGUUUUCGACUGCCAAGUGACAACAACAAUAACAUCUGAAGACCUCGCGUGCACAAACUGAAAAAAAAGGUCUUGUAUCCACUUUACAAAGAAGUAUUAAGACUAAACAGAAUAAAUAACCUAAGAAGUGAAUGUGAGAAGCCCGGCAUGGAUGAUUUAAGGAGUGUGGUGGACGCAGAAGAGUCGGAAAUGGUAGGAGUGGAAGGCAAGGGACAGGGAACCGCAGGAGAGGACACGAAGGGAAUGGAGGAGAGUGUAACGAAGAGUGAGUUGGCUGUGGCUGAGAAGGAGGCGAAAGAAGAAGGAAUAAGUGCUAAAAUUAACCUACUACCUGGCACACCCUUCUUGAUGAGCGAGGAGGGGCUGGUGUACCAAUGUUACCCGCUGUCUGAACAAGAAAUUAUCAUCGUGAGUCUGGAGGAAGGAGACUUGCUGAUAGGGGAACCCCUCCAGACGCCUUUCCUUCCUUCCUCCACCUCAAGUGUGUCUUCCUCUCUGCCAACCCCUCCCCCUGUCACACACUCCAGCAAACAGACAGCAGCCAAGGAUGGUGUGGCACACGUCCAGGGCAAUACCACGCCCAAGGGAUUCACCGAGGGGAAGAAUAAGAAUUCUGGCAAGGACACAAAGUCAGGCAGCAGAAAACUACAGAAUUUGAGAGUGCUGACACCCAGCUCUACCCACCACGGUGCUAAGGACAAGGGCACCCAGAAAGUGGUCUCGGACCAGCUGCGGUGCUUCAUUUGCUCUGAAAUGCUACCUACUAGUGGCACGCUACGGCACCACUUUACCACGGCACACAGUGAAGCACACAUCACAUCUCGCCCUUGUGUGGUGUGCUUGCAGGAAUGCUGGAGUGAGGGUCAGCUGGAGUGGCAUUUGCACCUGCAGCACAACAUCAAGGAUCCCACAGCAGCUUGUGUGGUGUGUGGCACUCAGCUGGCCACACGGGCUGAGUGCAGGGCACACAUGCGCAAGCAUCCUGCCACUAUAUUGUGCCCUACUUGUCCCCUUAAGUUCUCCAGUCAGCAGCAGCUCGUGUUGCAUGUGCAGCAGCAUCACCUGCCCCAGUUGCUGCCCCAUACCUGUCACGUGUGUGGCUGUCGCUUCAGACAGCACACCACUCUUCAGGUACACAUGCAUCGCCACUCAGUGCAGCAGUGCCCUGAGCCAGGCUGUCACCACCAGGCACAGGAUGAGAGCUGGAUGCUGGUACACCUCCACCACCAUCACCAUCACAACCACCACACCUUUGCUGCUGACCAUGAUGCCAGUGACCACCUUCUAGACCGCCUUCUGGCCCAUUAUUUUAGUUCUUAUGUCCAGAAGCAGAAAUCUUGCUCUCCUGAGGAGCCACAAAACUCACUCAAAGGCUUGCCAGGUUUUUAUGGAGGAUCAGUGCCUCCCCUUGAUGCAGCUGGGGCAUCCCACCAAGAUUGUGACAGCCUUGGCUUGGAAAGUGUGGAAGAAGUGGUGAAUGGAGUGAUGGAGGCUGUGGUGCAAAUGGAAGAAGAGCAGCAGAAGGAGGAGGAAAGUCCAGAGCAAUUACUGCUAAAGGUUGGGUGUGAUGGGCCAACCCUGCACCGCUGUGGCCUGUGUAACACCUACCUGCCCUCACCUGAUGACCUGGCCACUCACAAGGCUCAGCACACACAGACAGUGAGCUGCUUCAGGUGUGACAAGACUUUCCAGAGUGUGAAGCAGCUCAAGCGACACAUGAUGGCACACACCGCACACGACGCCCAGCUGGACACUGCUCACAGUCGCACAGCACAUGGUCAGCUACAGUGUCUGCAGUGUGGCAAGAUAUGUGGUUCAGAGUCGGCACUUAGCAGGCACCGCUCCAGUCAUAACCGAAUACAGGGCCGGCACCAGUGUGAGGUGUGCCAACGCAAAGUGAGGACACGGGCACACUUGCUGGAGCACUUGGCUAGGGUGCACAAGAUCCACCAUGAGUCUAAACAUCUUCAAUGUGGCAUGUGUGACCGCAGGUUUGCCUCCAAGACUCGCCUUCACUCGCACCAGCUGACUCACAGUGCUGGUGAGCCAAACUGGAGCUGCCAGAAGUGGCACAAGACCUUCACCAACCCUGGCACACUCCAGCACCACAUGGCAGCUCACCAAGGCAACAAGUUUGUUUGUGAUGUGUGUGGUGACCUGUUUGACUCUGCCCAAUGCCUGGCCAGCCACACCCGCACCCACGACCUGAUUCACAAGGCCAGGCUGCCAUGCCCUCACUGUGUGCAAAAGUUUGCCUACAAGAGCCACCUCAAAGUGCACCUCAGGAUCCACACUGGGGAGAGGCCAUAUGUGUGUGAGACAUGUGGGAAGUGUUUCAAGCGCCUGCAGCAAUGCAAGGUUCAUCACCGCACAGCACACACUGAGCAGCGCGAGGCGUGUGUGCAGUGUGGCCGCACCUUUGGGGAUAAGACCAACUUACUGCGCCAUCGUCUCUUGGUCCACCACCACCUCAAGCGCUGGGUAUGUGGAGUGUGUGCCCGGAGCUACUCCUACUCACAGGAUCUACGCAAACAUCUACAUAAGAAACACAACUUGCCCUUCAAGAGCCUGGAUGCCUCCACCAAGAAGACAAGACAUGAAGUGUACGUGGUGCCUGAAGGUGGGACGGCUGGCAUGAGUGAGGCAGCGCGGCAGGCUGUGGAGAGUGUGAGUGAGGCGGAGCGACGCAAGGUGGAGCAGGUGUUGGCCACCACCAACAACCUGUUAAGGAGCACUACCAUCCCUAGCUCUCCCCUGCAGGAUCCCACCAUCCCUUCUGGCACCCUGGUGGUUCAGGACUCCUCCCAGGGGGCUGGGCAGCCACUGCUCCUGGCUGGAAUGGAAACCCAAGAAACUGAUGUUAACAGGGUAGCUUGUGUGAAAUGUGGAGACAGUGUUGCUCAGUCCCAAGGGCAGUGUGGGUUGUGUGGGGCAGCAACAGGGGACCAGCCUGCAAGUAGUGGUGGUGACCAGCACCAGGUGGUGUUCCAGUGUUCUGUUUGUGGCCUGCACUACAGCAGCCAGGCCCAGUGUGCAGUGCAUGUCUCUGCUGCUCAUGGCUCACACUUGCUUGCCCUCCAGGGAGGCACCACACCCCUGCUGGUCCCAGGCACUGGUUUUCUGCCACCUCCACUCCUACUGGCACCCCAGCAAGCCCCACAGUGCCUGCUUCAGGUGCCUCAACAGGUGUCACUGGGUAUACCACCAUUACCACCUGCACCACCGUCAUCAUUACUGAAACCAGCCCCUGAUACUAGCACUGUCCUGAUGCAGUGUCCCACCAGUGACAUUGUGCCCACACCUCUCUCCCUGGUGCCUGUGUCCUCAGGCCAAGCACCACAACCCAGCAUAGGGGAGGGGAGGGGCCUGUGCACCAUCACCUUCCAUGCAGGGUCUGGGGAUGACAGAUCUGUGUCUGUUCCUCCUUUGUAUCCACCCCCUGCCCUCUUUGCCAUCCCCUCUACCACCACCACCACCACCACCACCACUACUACUUCACCACCACCACCACCACCACCACCACCACCACCAUUGGUGCUACCAUCAUCUCUGUCAUAUAACAAGUCGUGUGAUGAGAGUCAAACAGCUACCACCACCAGUACCACCACCAACAUCACCACUACUACCACCAUAACCACUACUCCUACCACCACCACUGUCUUCACUACUGACAUCACCACAGGCACCACUACCACUGCUACCACCUCCAGCACCUCAGUGGCCAGUGUGCUGCUCACCCUGGCACAGCUACCACACUCCCUGCAUCCCUCCAAUGAGCAGUGUUCAUCAGGAGCACCACUCCAGUCACAUUUGGGUCCAGGGCAGCCACAGCAGCAUGGCACCUCCAUCUCCUUGCAGCAGCACCAGCAGCAGCACCAGAAGGAGGGGGAAAAAGACGAAGGUGGUGGUGGUGGUGGUGAUGGUGGUGCCCAAGUGCUUGGUCCCCUCCAGGAGGUCAGUGUGGAAAUCAUGCAGCAGCGACCACCAAAGGCGUGGAUCAAGGCAGUGUUUGAUGCUAAUGCCACUCCUCCUGCCCCAUCUGUUCCUGCUCCUCCUCCUGCACCAACUUCUAGGAAGUGUGUGGCCAUCAACAGAGACAUAGGCCUUGAGGGAAGCCUGUCCCUGCUCUACAAGUGCAACAUAUGUGGCAAGAAUUUCAAGUCAGCAGGACACCUAAAAAAGCACCAGAGGACCCAUGAGGGGCAGCGCUUCUCCUGUGACCUGUGCAGCAAGGCUUUCACAGAGAAGUACAAUCUCAAGACUCACAUGUUGACACACACCCAAGAACGUCCACAUGCAUGUCCACAGUGCCUUAAAACCUUCAGGUACAUGAGGGACUUGAGUGAACACAAGAGGACCCAUGAAGGUGCCAAGCCACACACUUGCUCAGUGUGCAACAGAAGCUUUGUGAGGAGGAGGGACUACACUCGUCACUUUAGGGAACAGCAUAGUGCACAGAGGCACCAGUGUCAAGAGUGUGGUGCCACUUUCAAGCGCCGCAUCUAUCUGGAAACAGUACACAUGCGCACCCACCACCCACCCUCGCCAGAGAUUGGAGAUGCAGCACAACAGCAGCAGCAGCAGAAAAAUGGAGAGUCCAGUAUAGGGUCCAGCAACCGAGAACCCAAGGAGGGAGAAGGCCACAUCUGUCGCAUCUGUGGCCGCACCUUUGCCCGAGCCCGCUACCUCACGGCACACUUGCGGACACACUCCCGUCGGGCUAACUAUGUGCGGUGCCCUAGAUGUCCACGCAUGUUUGUAUCAGAGCAAACUCUCAAGACAUUGCCGGUUUGCUCCCUAUGACAGGUGCACCGCAACACUUUCCACAGCCGGGAUGCUGCAGCAGUCGCGGGGGAAGCAUCACACCCAUGAUGCAACGCAACACAGCCUCAGUUAUGUUCCAUGGCAAUCAUUCACACCAUCCAGAUGGUUGGUGGUGCCUUGCUUCACUCAUCAUGUGCCACUGUCUCUGUGCUUCAUCACUUACGGGCUUCCAAUAAACAUUUUAAAUAUCCCA